GAAGGGCGGAACCUGCGCCACUAUAAAUACGUGCUCUCCGCUUUCAGGAGUUCAGUCUUACAGAGCUUUCAGUGCACACACACAGCCAACGCAAACCACACAACAUGUCUCUGGAACGCCAAGUUCGCGCCAAGCUCGCUUCCAAGCGCAACCCUGACCAGGAGAAGGAGGUCCAGGAGUGGAUCGAGACCGUCCUCGGUGCCAAGUUCCCCCCUAGCGACGCGUUCGAAGAUGUCCUCAAGGACGGCACAGUCCUCUGCCAGCUCAUCAACAAGCUGAAGCCUGGCUCCGUCAACAAGAUCAACACCUCUGGUGGACAGUUCAAGAUGAUGGAGAACAUUACCAACUUCCAGGCCGCAAUCAAAGCAUAUGGAGUCCCUGACAUCGACGUGUUCCAAACAGUCGACCUUUGGGAGAAGAAGGACAUUGCCCAGGUCGUCAGCACACUGUACGCCCUCGGCCGUGAGACUUACAGACAUCCCGAGUGGAACGGUCCCUACCUUGGCCCCAAGCCCGCUGAUGAGUGCAAGCGUGACUUCUCCGAGGAGGUCCUGAAGGCCGGCCAGACCAUGAUCGGUCUGCAGGCCGGUUCCAACAAGGGAGCCACCCAGGCCGGUCAGAACAUGGGCGCUGGCCGCAAAAUCUUGCUCGGCAAGUGAGCACUUCGCCAUAGCUCUGCUCCAAGUGAUAUUAUUUUUAAGAUUUUUGUACAAAACCAAGUGCACAAGGACAUUGUUGUGUGACUAUAUUGUUCUUGAGAAAUCUAGUCAAAAGUGAUGGGAAUAGAAACAUUGUCUCAAUUGAGAUUAGGAAAACACCAUGUACCUAGUUUAGUAUAGCUGUGCCUAUUGUCUGCAACCUAUUUGUUCCAUGUAGCGCACACAAGAUUUUGUACAUAAGUACUUAGGAUAAGUAAUAUAUUUAUUUCCAUUUUAUUAU